UGUUAUUGGUUGUUGAGUGUUUUGUUGUGUCUGUCUAUUUGACAUCACAAGCCGUCAACAAAACGGCGGGCUUUGUGAAUCAGGAUGCCCACAAGAUGGGAUCCUCAUUCUAUGAGAUUGCCUUUGAUGACUUGGAAUUUUUUGAACGAUGCGGGGGUGGUACAUUUGGAAGUGUCUAUCGAGCAAGAUGGAAAUCACACGACAAGGAAGUGGCAAUCAAGAAAUUACUUGUCUUAGAAAAAGAGGCUCAAGUUCUAAGUCAACUAAGUCACCGCAAUAUUAUAAAAUUUUUUGGUGCAGUAACUCAGGAACCUAACUAUUGUCUAGUUACAGAGUAUGCCCCUAGGGGGUCCUUAUAUGCCUACUUAGCUGAUUCCAAAAACAAUCUAGAUUUCAAGCAUAUCCUUGCAUGGUCCAGGGAUAUUGCUUUAGGUAUGAAUUAUUUACAUAAUGAAGCUCCAUUUAAAGUAAUUCACAGAGAUUUAAAGUCUAAGAAUUGUGUGAUUAAUGCUGAUUAUGUCAUAAAGUUAUGUGAUUUUGGUGCCUCUCGUUUUAUGGGUAGCACAACCAAGAUGUCACUAGCUGGAACGUUUCCAUGGAUGGCACCAGAGGUCAUUCAAAGUCUACCAGUAUCUGAAACAGCUGAUACUUUCUCUUACGGAGUGGUUUUAUGGGAAUUACUGACACGAGAGAUUCCAUUCCGUGGAUUGGAAGGAAUACAAGUUGCGUGGCUUGUAGUUGAUAAGAAUGAGAGGCUGACCAUACCUAGUAGUUGUCCAAACCACUUUGCUGAAUUGAUGAGUAAUUGCUGGGAUGUGAAUCCUAAGAAAAGAAUGGUAUUUCCAGAAAUAUUAGCCAAAAUUGAAGAAAUGAGAGAAGAUGGUGAGUUAUCUGAAGAAACUGGUUCAUUUCUUGAUAAUAAGGAGGAAUGGAGGGCUGAGAUUCACGAGACUUUUGAAAGACUCAAGCACAUGGAAAGGCAUCUGAGUGACAAACAGAAAGAGCUGGAGGAAAGAGAAAAACUUUUGUUGGAACGAGAGAAGAUUCUAGAGCAGCAUCACUUCAACAGUCACCAGGUUGAUCAUGACCUCAACUCCUGGAGUGAAGCGCAGGUGUAUGAUUGGAUGUUACAACUGGGAGUUGACGGCUCUUAUCUAAGUGAUCUAACAAAGUAUGCUAGUAUAUUCAGAAUGAAUAAUAUCAAUGGGCAUAGAUUGCUACUUUUGACUGAAGAUGAUUUGAAGGCUAUGGGCAUUGUAUCUGUUGGACACAGGGUAGAUUUAAUUACUGAAAUAGAUCGUUUAAAAAUGUGCUAUCUUAGAUUACUGCAUUUUCCGCCGCUUUCAGUGGCAGUUGGACAGACAAAACAACCGCCAUCAUCCCCAGUGCAGAAGAUAGUUAGUUUGACAUUGAUAUUUGGCAAUCACUGUAGGAUGGGGGCCACUCCACAGGAACACAAGUGGAAAAUGUAUUUAGAAAUAGAUGGAGACCCAUCAGCUUUAACUUGCAUCAAGGAUGUGACGUUCAUAUCCAAAUCACCGCCAUAUGACAUGAUGCGAAUGACAUAUCCACCUUUCGUGGAGGAAAGUUGGCACAAAGGACCCACAGAAUCUAUGAAGAUAGAGUGUGUUGUCAGUUUUGAGUCUCAUGUUAAGCAGCGAAGUACCAAACAUCUGCACCAGAUUCAAUUCAAAGAAGGUGGUGGGGUGAGUGAGAAAACACUUAAGCUGGUGUGCAGAUCUACUAGUAGUGGUAGUGGUAGCUCUGGACGUAACACUCCUACAGAGUCCAUGUUGACUUCACCCGGGAUUCAGUAUGGUAGAAGUGCUAAAGGUUUAUCGCAUUCAAUCAGUACGCCCUUACUGCAAGGUGUCUGGAGUGAGCGAUCUCUCGUACACGCACUCUCAUCGAUGGACUUCCGUGAGCGAAGUGGAAGUGGUGACUCUGGUGUUUGGGCCAGCGUAGUCUCCAAAUCAUCAAGGAAUUCCCCAGCACCAAUUGCAGGGUGUGAAAAGAAUUCAGGGUACGCCUCUGACAGGAGGAAAUCAUAUGACUCGUCUUCCAAGAUUAAUUUUGCUGUUGGAUCUGAUGAUGAAGAAGACAAUGAAAGCAUUACUGCCAAAGUCACGAACAAUGAUGCUUCAACACUGACAUUUACAAGUAACAAUGGUGGAGCUGAUUCCUGUACCUCUAGCUAUGCUAAUGCACUAAAGCAAGGCCAAAAGAAACUGACAUCUGGUAACAGAACACCGGGGGAGUUGUAUCACCAGAAACAAUAUGGAAACCAAACUACAAGUACGAAUAGGGGUCGAGAGAAAUUCAGAAAUAUGGACACUAGAACUGACUCUGGUACUCAGACACCAGAAAGACGUUGGGGACCAUUUAGAGGACGGGGACCCAGAGGAAGGGGCGGUGGUGCCGGUUUUGGCUCUCGGGGCAGGGGACGUGGCAGGGGGAACUAUUUUCAGCGUAGUCAAAGUGAUCAUCAUUUGCAGGAACACAGAAACAAGGAAGGGAAAGAUUUUGUGCGAGCGAUCAGUUCUGGUACCAGUACGGAUUCCAAUGACAGGAGGCAUUCUGACUACAACAUGCAGCAACACACAAUGCGAAACAGAGGGUGGCAUCGACCUCACAGGGGUCGUGGACCAGCUACUGUGAUCGUGAAUAGACAUGCUGAGAACUCUGAUUGGACAACAAAUAGUAGACACAGUGAAGCUAACAAUCCCUCCUUCUCUUUUUAUGCCGAUCAAUGCAAUAAAGAUCAACGUCAAGUUCAAAACAGUGUGCAUGAACACUGCCCUCAACAAAGACACACACAAGCAAGCCACAACAACCAAAUAAGAAAUCCUAAUCAGAGUGCUUUGAUCCUAAUAAAUGUGUCUCAAGUUUAUGCGAGGGCUAUUUCAGCUCAAUUCAGAAAUGAAGACAGUGGGAGACGUGAUGGACGUGAUGAAGAAAUGAUGAAGGCAAGAUAA